AUGGUUCAUCAAACUUCACAUGCGGGCAAUGAGGUGAAAAGGACAUGCGCAGAUGCCAUGGGCAAUGAGCUGCAUCGCCCGCAUCGCCCGCAUCGCGCCGAGGUACGCCCAGAGGGUGAUGAGACAAGGCGUAGUUUCUUGCCAUCUAGUCGACCUUCCAAUCUGGAGCAUGUCCCGUAG